CCCCAUUGAUUCCGAAUCCUCCUGCAAACUAUUAACAAAUCAGCCAUGAAGAAGAUCAAUGUGAUUCUAAGGAAGUGCAAGACGUUAUCGAAACAAAUAGGGAGAAGUUCGUCGUUCAGCAGUUUGGGAUCUAACUCUAAGUCUGCUAGUGCUAGACAUCAUCACGACAGAGCCGCCGGAGAUGGCAUAGUCUGGAAUACGAAUGCUAUCUCCGUCUACGGCUACGGCGGCGACGGCGACAGCAAUGUCAGCGGUGGCGAAGAAGAGCCUCAUGAAAUAGUAUUCGUCGGAAGCUCGAGGAAACGGUACGUUAUUAGUUCUAAGUAUUUGAGUCAUCCACUCGUUAAUGCUCUCAUCGAGAAAUCGAAGCCAGUUAGUGACGACGAUGAUGAUGUAUCGGUGAUCAAUUGUGAAGUUGUACUUUUUGAUCAUCUGUUAUGGAUGCUUGAGAACGCUGAUUUUAAUGUCACAUCGGAAUGUUUGGAUGAGUUAGCUGAUCUAUACUCGUCUUGAAGAACUUUUGCAACGAGAUCUAUAAAUUUAGUUUACCGAAAUCGGAUGAAUUAGUGCAUCAAUCUCAAAAAUCGGGAUGAUUUCAUGCAUUAGUUUGAUACUUUGAUUCAUCGGUUUUUGAGAUUAUUAUAAAUUCUCGUUAUAUGUAUAUGUACUACUAUGUAGAUUAGCAUUAUUUGUUCAAAAAUAUCAUUAACGACUUUAUUAAAUAAUUUUUAUGAGUUUUUAUUCGUA